UGUCAAAGUCAAACAAACCGCGAUGUUGCACAGCAGCAUCUUUGUUUCGGUAUAAAAUUAUAAAAAUUGUAAUUACACAUUUAAUUAAUUAGAUAAAGUAAGUGCAGUGUGUAUUGUGAGUUGCAAAUAUGUUGGUGCUAUUCGAGACCUCGGCGGGAUACGCGAUAUUCAAGUUGCUGGACGAGUCAAAGUUGUCUGAAAUAGAUAAUUUGUACCAAGAGUUCAACACGCCAGAGGGAGCUGCGUCUGUUGUAAAGCUGAAAAAUUUUGUCAAAUUUGAGGACACUACUGAAGCCCUAGCAGCAACCACCGCAGCUAUUGAAGGAAAACUAUCCAAAAGCUUAAAGAAAGCCCUGAAGAAACAUGUCUGCAAGGAUGUACAGGACCAGCUGUUGAUCGGCGACGCUAAACUUGGCAGUGCUAUCAAGGAAAAGUUUGACUUGCAAUGUGUUUCAAAUUCAAAUGUCCAAGAGUUGCUAAGAUGUAUCCGAUCACAGAUGGACAGUCUCUUAACUGGUCUUCCAAAGAAAGAGAUGACAGCAAUGGCACUAGGUCUUGCUCACUCCCUUUCAAGAUACAAGCUAAAGUUCUCUCCAGACAAAAUCGAUACUAUGAUAGUUCAAGCUCAGUGUCUAUUGGACGAUUUGGAUAAAGAAUUAAACAAUUAUAUUAUGAGAUGUAGAGAAUGGUACGGUUGGCAUUUUCCUGAACUCGGGAAGAUUAUUACUGACAACACAUUAUUUGUUAAAGUUGUUAAGUUAAUCGGUACAAGAGAUCAUGCAGGCAAGACAGACUUAUCGGAUAUUCUACCUGAAGACUUAGAGGAAAAAGUUAAAGAGGCCGCUGAGAUUUCUAUGGGAACGGAAAUCUCGGAUGAUGAUAUUAUGAAUAUUCAGAAUCUAUGUGAUGAGAUCAUUGCCAUAACUGAUUACCGGACACAUUUGACUGAUUACUUGAAAGCUCGCAUGAUGGCUAUGGCUCCGAAUUUAACAGUUUUAAUUGGUGAACAUAUUGGUGCUAGGUUAAUAGCUCACGCUGGGUCUUUGAUGAAUCUAGCCAAGCACCCUGCAUCUACAAUUCAGAUAUUUGGUGCGGAAAAAGCCUUGUUUAGAGCGCUAAAAACUAAAAAGGACACACCAAAGUAUGGUUUAAUAUACCAUGCUCAGUUAGUUGGUCAAUGCAGUACAAAGAAUAAAGGCAAAAUGUCAAGGAUGUUGGCUGCUAAAGCUGCACUCGCGACCAGACUGGACGCGUUGGGUGACGACGUGUCGUUCGAGCUGGGCGCGGGCCACAAGGUGAAGCUGGAGAACAAGCUGCGGCUCAUGGAGGAGGGGAAUUUGAGGAGGAUCAGUGGCACCGGCAAGGCCAAGGGGAAGUUCGAGAAAUACCACAGCAAAUCUGAGGUGCACGAGUACCCAGUAGCAGCGGACAGUACUCUGGGCAAGAAGGCCAUAAAGAGGGAACACUCGCCCUCUGAGGAUGGACCUGCUUCCAGUAAGAAGAUCAAGCUGGAGGAUGGAACCAAUGAUAUUAAAGUCAAAAAGGAAAAGAAAGUGAAAAAAGAACCAAAAGUGGAAACAGAGCCAGAAGUCAAAACAGAACCAGAAGUGGACGAAGUGGACGGUGCUAACAAUAUAGGCACUCCAAGCUCAGAGAAGAAGAAGAAGAAGAAAAAGAGGUCCCUUCAGGCAGACGCGCAGGAAACAAACGCAGAAGUGACAGAAGAACCUCAGGAACCUAAGAGCGAAAAGAAGAAGAAAAAGAAACGGCAGUCGCAGAUGGAAGACGAAUAACCUCUCGAAAUGGUUAUUCUGUUUGUGAUACGAAAAAAUAGUUAUUUUUGUUAAGCAAAAGUGAAAAUAAUAAAUGACACAGAAUUUAUAAUUGAAAUUAUUGUGUAGGCAUGAUAUUUCAUACUUAUACAAUUAUCAAUAUUAUGAAAAUUUGUAUAAAUAAGUAUGUUAUGAAAAAGUGUGAAAUUGAAAAAAAAUUAUAACUAAAAUGGAAUGUUGCUGAAAUAAAUAUGUAAUUGUUUUAGAACUUAA